AUGCCGAAACCCAAGGAAUUGUCGGGGACGAGCACCUCGGAGAGCGGCCCGGAUGAGGAGGAGGGGAAGAAAAGAAAGAAAGAAAUGUCUUCUAAGUCAGAGAAAAGGCUGAAAACAGAGGCCAAGCCUUCAAAUGUGACAGAAAAACCUCCAGGACGAGGCAGUGAAGAGGAGGGCAUGUUCCAGAUUGGGAAGAUGCGUUAUGUCACAGUGUCCUGCUUCAAGGGGAAGGUCCUCGUGGACAUCAGGGAGUUCUACACUGACAAGGAGGGCAGCAUGAAACCGUGGAGGAAAGGGAUUGCCCUGUCUGCAGAACAGUGGAACCAGCUGAAGGAGAUCAUUCCUGAGAUCGAUGCUGCAGCCAAGAAAUUAUAA